GGGCGAUUCACUAUUUAGGAAUUAAUUUUUUUUUAUACAAUAACUUUAUAAAAAGUAAUUAUUAUUUUUUUGUUUAAAAUGUCAAAAUAUUUAAAACAUCGCGAUCAAAAAAUAAAUCGCAAUUACAAAAUUUAUGGAAUUUUAUCGUGAUAAUUUUAAAUAAAAGUCUUCCUGUAGUUUUUUUAAUUAUUUUUUUAUAAAAAGUGAAAUGAGCUGGAAGUGUAUUGUCGUCAUAUUGACGAUUGAGGUCUGGUCAUCAAAUUCAGCAGACCUGGCAAUAGAAAUCCCUGGGAAUCUGACCCAACACGGCACAUGGUACCGUUUGGACUACAACCCACCAGUUGGGGACCCGCCACCUAACACCCGGAUCCCCGCAGUAGACAUCGGAGACGUGAUAAAGUUCCAAAACGGCCUACCGGGAACUAAAUACGAGUUCUGGUUGUAUUACAACAACGGAACCUUGCAUGACUGGUUAACAUGGACCGCGUCUAUAACGACAGCACCCGACCCACCAUCAAACCUGACUGUCCUAGUCAGGAACGGCAAGACCGCGAUCGUCUACUGGUCACCUCCCGCGCAAGGCAACUACUCGGGCUUCCGAAUGCGCGUCCAAAGCUUCAACGACGCGACAAAUCCUCCAUCCACAACUCGUACCAGCGUUAUUUCUGCAGACGCGAUUCCUUAUACCCUUCGCGAUCUGACUCCCGGUGCCACGUACUCGCUUCAGCUCUUUACCGUACUCGAGGCCAAAGAGAGUGUCGCGUACACCAGUCGUAAUUUUACCACCAAACCCAACACUCCAGGGAAAUUCAUCGUCUGGUUCCGUAAUGAAACGACUUUGCUAGUGCUUUGGCAGCCACCUUACCCUGCUGGGAUCUACACCCACUACAAGGUGAGCAUCGAGCCACCAGAUGCAAUCGAAUCAGUAUUUUACGUUGAAAAAGAAGGCGAGCCACCUGGACCAGCUCAGGCGGCAUUCAAAGAUCUGGUGCCUGGUCGCGCUUACAACAUCUCCGUCCAAACGGUCUCCGAAGACGAGACGUCUGCCCCCACUACUGCUCAAUAUCGGACUGUGCCUCUAAGGCCACUUAAUGUUACAUUUGAUCGUUCUUCCAUUACCUCCAGUAGCUUUCGUGUCUUCUGGAGUCCGCCUAAUGGCUCAUCCGAGUUCGAUAAGUACCAGGUGUCAUUAGGCAGCAAUAGACGUUUUCCCCCAGUUACGCGGAAUCGCUACGAAGAAGACAGCACCAUGUGGGAGUUUAAUGAUCUAGAAGCUGGUAAAUCCUACCAGGUUGUUGUCAAAACCGUUUCUGGCAAAGUCACCAGCUGGCCAGCGAGUGGUGACAUCACAUUGAAACCACUUCCAGUCCGUGAUCUGCGUGCUAGCAUUGACGAGCGUAUGCUUGAAGUUUCUUGGCGACCCGACAAUGCCAGCACUCAGGACAGCUAUCGGCUGGAGUAUCAUGAAGUUGACUCGACAUCCAUUACCGGUGACAGCAACACACUGACUAUUGAAAAGACUCGCGUUGUCUUGGAAGCGCUACUACCUGGUAGGAACUACACGAUAAUAGUCGCCGCGAUCUCCAACAAAGUCGAGUCCAAUGAAACGAUCAUUUACCAGGUGACGAGACCUUCGAGUCCGAUCAUCGAGGACCUCAAGUCCAUUGAACGCGGGCUGAAUAUCUCGUGGAAGAGUGACGUUAACUCACGGCAAGAAAAGUUUGAAAUAACUCACACGAGGAAUGAUACCGGGGAAAGCGCAACCACGUUGACGACCGAGUCGCAUAUUAUCCUGGAAGAUCUGUACCCUGGAGCGGGGUAUGAAGUAAAGGUCUUUGCAAUAAGUCACGGUCUUAAGAGCGAACCCCAUGACUAUUUCCAAGCGGUCUUGCCUCACCCGCCUCAGCAUUUGAGAAUUGAUCGCAUUGAUCAGCAUAACAAGUCAGUAUUUGUGCACUGGAGCCCACCAAUCAGUUCGCUCUUCAGUGAGUACACCAUCAGGUACCGCACUGAAGACGAUCCCCACUGGACCAGGUUGCCUAGUGUCCGUAGAACCGAAGCGGAGGUUACAGAAAUGACUCCUGGCGAACGAUACACCAUCCAAGUGAACACAGUGAGCUUUGGCGUUGAAAGUCUCUACCCGUUGCAAGUAAACCACACCGUAGCACCAAACCCCGUGGUCAAUAUCACCCCCGUGAUUGAUUCCACCAACGUUACCCUCGAGUUCGUGCGUCCUGUAGGCAGAAUUGAACUGUUCAUCAUCACAUGGUGGCCUACAGACAAUCUGUCAGACGUCAGGUCCAAGAACGUCACCGGGCUAGAUGAUGAGUCCGAGCAUGACCUAGAGGAGAAGACCGAGAGGUUCGUAGUCGAGGGCCUUAUGCCAGGUGCCGAGUACUCUUUCUCUAUCAUUACGACAUCCUACGAGCUGUUUAGCGACGUAACCAAUAUUACAAGUCGCACGAUGCCCCUGAUUCAGUCUGAGGUCGUGAUCGUCAUCGACCGUGACGUUGUCAAUGUCCUGGCACUGCGUUACACUCCAACGCCGGUUCUAUCGUCACGGUUCGAUCUCUACAGGUUCCGUAUCAGUGACGAAGUGAACACGACCACGGAAAAGCUGGUUGAUGAUAGCGAUACAAAGGUGACCUUCAACAAUUUGACAGCUGGUAGACUUUACAACGUAACUGCCUGGACCGUGAGCCAUGGGGUUGCUAGUCGGCCGCUCUACCGUCAGGAUCGUCUUUAUCCUCAACCAAUAAUGGCGAUCCAGGCCGUAGAAAUAAACGCCACAUGGAUCAGUCUCACUUGGGAUGUUCCCACUGGGGAAUUCGACGCUUUCGAAGUCCAGUUCAUCAACAGUGAAGGUGUUCUCGUGCAGAACAUCACCGCGGACAACCAUAUCACCAUAAAAGACCUACAUCCUUGGCGUAACUACACGUUCACUCUGGUAGUCUGUUCCGGUUAUCAAUCUAACCAUCAUCUGAGACGGUCUCAUCCAGUAAGCGCGAGUUUUACCACCAGCGAAUCAUUCCCCGGUCGCGUAGAGAAGUUCGAUCCCACGGACAUACAACCCAGUGACAUCAGCUUUCAGUGGCACUUGUCCGCUGCGGAAUUCAAUGGCGUGAUUACUAAAUUCACUAUCACCUACCAAUUGGACGGGUCCAAGCACACUCAGGCCAAGGACUUCAAGGCCACAGAAUCUCGGGGUAUCAUCAAAGGAUUGAUACCCGGUAAAACGUAUGCUUUUAGCAUCCAGGCAAAGACCAAAGUUGGCUACGGCCCGGAAACUGUUUGGAGACAGAAGAUGCCCAUUUUGGCGCCACCGAAACCACCCACUCAGGUCGUGCCAACUGAAGUCUGCCGGACCAGUACCACGAUCCAGAUUAGAUUCAGAAAGAAUUACUUCAGCGAGCAGCAUGGAUCCGUUAUUGCUUACACGGUCAUUGUCGCAGAAGAUGACAGCAAGAAUGCUUCCGGUUUAGAGAUGCCCAGUUGGAGGGACGUUCAGGCCUACAGUAUUUGGCCUCCUUACCAGGUCAUGGAGCCUUACUACCCAUUCAAGAACAGUUCGGUCGAGGAUUUUACAAUAGGGACUGAAAACUGUGACCUCAAAUUAGUUGGUUACUGCAAUGGACCUUUGAAAUCUGGGUCUACUUAUCGGGUCAAAGUGCGCGCAUUCACGGCACCCGAUAAGUUUACCGACACCAGUUACAGCUUCGCAAUACAAACUGAUAAGGACAAUACGGCGAUUAUUGUGGGUGUUACUGUGCCAAUUGUUUUGCUGUUGACGUUGCUGGGGAUCGGGUUGCUCGUAAGGAGACACAGGAACCAGCUGAGGAAGAUCGCUGAGCCUAGGGGAGGGGGUCCAACGGAUAAUUUGUCAUUGCCGGAUAGUGUCAUUGAGACUAGCCGACCAGUGAGAAUAGAAAACUUCGCCGAGCAUUACAGAAUAAUGUCAGCAGACUCGGACUUCCGGUUCUCCGAAGAGUUCGAGGAACUGAAACAUGUCGGUCGUGACCAGCCGUGCACUGCAGCAGACUUGCCAUGCAAUCGUCCGAAGAAUCGUUUCACCAACAUCUUGCCUUACGACCACAGCCGCUUCAAGCUCCAGCCCGUCGACGACGAAGAGGGCUCCGAUUACAUAAACGCAAACUACGUGCCGGGUCACAAUUCCCCACGUGAAUUCAUCGUCACACAAGGGCCGCUGCACUCGACUCGCGACGACUUCUGGCGCAUGGUCUGGGAGAGUAACAGUCGUGCUAUCGUCAUGCUGACGAGAUGUAUCGAGAAGGGAAGAGAAAAAUGCGACCACUACUGGCCCAUGGACACGGGGCCUGUUUAUUAUGGCGAUAUAUCUGUUACUAUACUCAAUGAAACACGUUAUCCUGAUUGGAGUAUCACCGAAUUUAUGCUCUGUCGUGGUGACGUCAAAAGAGUGAUCCAGCACUUCCAUUUCACAACUUGGCCCGAUUUCGGAGUCCCAAGUCCACCCCAAACUCUUGCGCGGUUCGUAAGAGCGUUUCGCGAGCGAGUGAGACCCGAUCAGCGGCCGAUCGUCGUCCACUGCAGCGCCGGCGUAGGUCGCAGCGGUACGUUUAUAACUCUCGACCGAAUUCUACAGCAGAUCCAGGUCUCCGAUUACGUCGAUAUCUUUGGGAUCGUCUGGAUAAUGCGGAAAGAGCGGGUAUGGAUGGUACAAACAGAGCAACAGUACAUUUGCAUACAUCAGUGUCUGCUUGCGGUUCUCGAGGGCCAAGACACUACGGGACCACCAAGAGAAAUUCAUGACAAUGCCGGUUUCGAAGAAAAAAAUCGGUCACUGGAAAAUUCGGUGAAUCAAGAUGAGAAGGAAAGGUGAUGGUCUUGUAAUCAAGACGAUUAUUAUUAUGGAAUUUAUUUAUUAUAUGAUGAAGGAAUUGCUGAGUCAGGAAUGUGAAGAAUAACCCGAGCUUUAUACCCGAGAUUAAAACCCUACAGUAAAAAAAAAAAAAAAAACAUUUUUUUUUAUCAAUUAUUUUUUCUGUUGACAAAGGAAAAAAAUAAAAAAAAAGUUUGUCUGUCUGUUUGUUUGAUGAACGGUCACACAAAUCUCCGUCCAAAGAAAAAAUGAGAGAGUAAGUACACAAGUAAUGUGGAUUUGUGAAGUACUUAAAAACUUUUAAUCAUUUAUUAUUAUUUUCGCACUAGCACAUGCAUUUUUUUUAGAUUUACUUUUUUUUAUUUAAGAACAAAUACUUUUUUUGUAGCUAAUGGAUAUUUUUUACGUAAUUGAUGAAAAAAAAAUUUUUUGAUAGCAUUAAAGGCGAUUGGUAACGAGUUUGCUUCACUAGCCAAAGGCUAAUGUAGCAAACACUUGAGUGUCUGUCGCUAUCACUCGAAAUUAAUUUGAAAAUAGUAAAAGAAUGAUUUUAUCUACAAACAUUAUUAAUUUAAUGUAUUUCAUGGUUACUUUGCUUCAGGAGCCAAAGGCUAAUGCUGCAAACAUUUAAUAUUUUUUGGUUUAAUUUAAAUUGACGUAAAACAUGAUGACAAACCAUUUUAAUAUUAAUUCUUAUAAAUGCAUUUAAUGACUUUGCUUCAAAAGCCAAUGGCUAAUGCAGCAAACGCUUGAGCAUGUAGCGUUUUUUACACGAAAUUAAAUUAAAAACCGUAAAAAAAUGAUAUUAUUUAUAAUUACUAUCAGUUUACAUACAUUUGAUUACUACUUUGCCCCACAAGCCAAAGGCUAAUGCAGCAAACACUUGAGUGUCUGUCACUAUCAUUCGAAAUUAAUUUGAAAAUCGUAAAAAAAUGAUAUUAUCUACAAACAUUAUUAUUUUUAAUGCAUUUCAUGAUUACUUUGCUUCGCGAGCCAAAGGCUAAUGCUGCAAACAUUUAAUAUUUUUUGGUUGAAUUAAAAAUUGACGUAAAACUUAAUGACAAACCAUUUUAAUAUCAAUUCUUAUAAAGACAUUUAAUAACUUUGCUUCAAAAGCCAAUGGCUAAUGCAACAAACAAGUAUACUACUUUUGUUUUUAAUGAUUAGUCUUAGAACUUCAAACAAAUCUCUCGACUCGCGACUGUCAUAACUUCCGUAAUAAUCAGUUUGUUUCACGAGCCAAAGGCUACUGUGGCAAAUUAAUAGUACAACCACAAAAUAAUCUUUCACAAACUCUCCUAAUAAACUAAUAUCGUAAGAAGACUUGAAAUUUGAAAAUUAGUUUGCUCCACUAGCCUUCGGCUUCUGAAACAAACUCGUUACCAAACGCCCCCUUUUAUCGAAAAAAAAAAAUUUUUUUUCGUAAUUUUCAAUUCUUAUGAAAAUGUCAAUUAUUUACUCACCAGCUACAAAAAAAAACUCAAUUAAAAAUGACAAUUAUUAUUUUUUAAGUAAAUUUAAAUUUUUAAAAUAAGAAAACACGGACGUAUCCAUUUUUAAAAAUCAAUUAUAUGUACAUAUCAUUAAUGAAUCUCUACAAAAAAAAAACACAAAGUAAUUAAAUAAUUAAUUGAUUAAUUAGCGUAAUAUUCUUGUUA